AUGAAGAACUUCGGUAACAGAACUCUCGUCGGUAAUUGGUGGGAAGAACGCCAAAACCUCCAAGAAUACACUCAGAGAACAGUCGACAUCAAAGACAUGACUGUUGACUUGCAUGUUUCUGCACGCGAUAAAAAUCCAGCUCUCACAUAUAACGAUAAGACUCCAGUAGCAUCUACAUAUAAAUUAGAUACAGACCAAGCAAAGAUUUCUCAAAUGAAAGAUCUCAAAAAGAAGGUUGCACAAGCAGAACGCAGAAAACUGGCGAUGGGCUCAACUCAAACAGCAACAAGAGAUUUAGAUCACUCAAAAACAUUUGAUACACUUAACACAAGAUUUUAUGAUCCAAAUAAGACAAGAUUUAAGACUGUAUACCAGAAAAGUUACAAUAUUCCAGAAUUUGAGUUAAUUCGUUCUCAAAGAGAGCUUUCGAGUAAACCAACAGAAAGCUUUAGAAAUGCUCAAUCAAGCACAAUUGAUCUUUCAUGGAAUUAA